AUGUCAACCACCACCACUGCCGCGGCGGCGGCUGAGAAGAUUGAUGUGGUGAUGGAUACGGUGGUGCAGGCGGCUCCUGCUGCGAAUGAGGUUGCGGUUGCUGCGGCGGAUUCUUUCUUACCUGUUGCGGCUCUUCAGCAUUUUAUUGAUGCUGUUCAUAAUUUUACUGAAUUCAAUUGGUGGGCUUCUAUAGUUGUCACUACAUUGCUUAUUAGAAGUGCGACAGUUCCGCUUAUGAUAAAUCAGAUGAAAGCUACUUCAAAACUUAGCAUCUUAAGACCACAUUUGGAAGAGGUUAAGGAAAGGGUGGAACGUCAGGGCACGGACCCCACUGCUGUUGCUGAAGGUCAAAAACAAAUGCAGAAGUUGUUUAAGGAGUAA